AUCACUGUGGUACAGAUAUAAAACUAAACGCUCGUGUUGGUUUUUACAUUACAUAUUAUAACAUGAAUUUCAUGAUACGUUAAAUUUAGUUUUGUUGGUGGAGUGAUUUAUUUUAUACUGAAGGGGCUUUAGUACAGUUUGGACCGGGUUGGGUGCAAAGCUAUGUUUCUCUGCUGGGCCUACACCGGCGUCUUUGCCUUAGUAUUGGGACUAUCUUGUGUUGUGGUGAUUGCAGAAGAAACCACCAACGUCCAUCUUGCAAAGAGUAAAUCUAUACCCACGGUCAUCAAGGUCCAACUACAAAAACGCGUUAAAUGUUUAAAGGACGUCAAGACGUGCAUCGCCGAUCGAAGUGCCCUCUCCAGAAGCCUAGGUGUCUACUUAGGAAAUGACAAGGAUAUUUAUUACUACGGACCGAUCUCGAUUGGCACUCCUGGUCAGACUUUCUUAGUCGACUUUGACACAGGAUCUGGUGACCUUUGGGUCCCGUCGGUGCAAUGCACAGGCAGUGCAUCAUUUUGUGAUACCCAUAAUAAAUACGACAGUAGCAUGAGCCUCACGUACCGCGAAAAUGGACAACCUUGGUCAAUACGUUAUUUAGAUGGCACAUACACAUUGGGCUUUAUAUCAGAAGAUGUUAUGGAGGUGCAAGGAAAGUCAGUGACUGGACAGCUGUUCGCAGAAGCUACUGAAGUUAAAGGGCUGAAGUUCAAUACGAAAAGCGACGGUAUAUUCGGACUCCGAUGCAGUCAGAAGGGUUCUAAAGUGCCAGGGGACCCACCUUUCCUCAACAUGGUUAAGCAAGGAGCAGUGAACCAAAGUGUGUUUUCCUUUUAUUUAAAUAAGAAGGAAACUGAAGGUUGGGAAGGACGUUCAGAAUUGGUCCUGGGAGGCGUAGACCCGGACCACUUCAUUGGAGACUUCACGUUCGCUCCACUAACUCAGCCAGACAAGUGGGCGUUCAACGUCGACAGUAUACUAUUUGAAGGAGAAGAAGUACUUUCUCAGCCUUACCCCGCUAUUGCUGACUCAGGAACAACAUGUGUCCUUUUUCCUGAUCAUGUUGUGGAGGUAAUAAACAAAGCUAUCGGUGCUGAGAAAAUAAUUCCUCAUUUUUUCAGGGUUGACUGCAAUACAAUUGAUUCAUUACCUGAAGUCUCACUCAUGAUUGGAGGAACUCCAUUGGUCCUUGAACCAAAAGAAUAUAUACGAAAAAUUACCGUGGUGGAAGAUGGCAUGGUGAAGUCUGAAUGUUUCAACGGUAUCAUGGGCAACUCAGGUUCCGACCUCAUCAUUCUAGGAGACAUUUUCAUGCGUAAAUACUACACUCAGUUUGACUGGGGAAACCAACGAGUAGGCUUCGCCACUGCAACGUAAUAUGUCUCUGUGGCAGUAAGUUGCCUAUGUUGAAAAUUAAAUCCAACUUGUUUGUAUAUAA